AUGUUAAUGCUGUUGGUUUGGUGCACAGUACUGCUCAAACAACAUUUUCUUAGCGCUUGGUACUGUAUAGUACAGGGUGGUACUAUAUAGCACGAGGUAAAAAUUGAGCUAUAACGCGUGAAUGAUGUUGUUUUGGUAUGCAGUACUGAUCAGACGUUCAUUUUGUGCAAAAACAAAUUCGUGCUAUAUAGUACCAAGUGCUAAAACACAUUUUUGAGAACUACUGGGCUUCAAACCCAUAGCAUUGACGUGUUAUGGCUUAAUUUUUACCUCGUGCUAUAUAGUACCACCUUGUACUAUAUAGUACCAAGUGCUAAGAACAUGUUGUUUGAGCAGUACUGUGCACCAAACCAACAGCAUUAACAUCUGAAUGCAUAAUUUUUAAUCGUACUAUCCAGCUUGGGGACAAAAACGUCCUGGGGACAAAACCGGUGUGGGGACAAAAAAAUAAAAAAAGUGGGGACAAAACCGUCAUGGGAACAAAACCGAUCUGGGGACAAAAAGGCUCGAAAAAAGGGGGGACAAAAACGUCCUGGGGACAAAACCGUCUUGGGGACAAAACCGGUGUGGGGACAAAAACGUCCACUGCGCACUGGAAACCGCCAAUUCUUUCUCACGAAUUUGCAUAGAACCAACUGACAAAGCCUUCAUCAAUUUCCCCUAAUUUCAGAAGUCGGUGUCUCCCGCUCCUGAAAAUAUUUCUAUCAAUCCCUCCGGAGUCUUUGAACUGGCGCUGUUUCACAAUGCCCUUGAUUUCUACAAAGGUCUGAACCGCGACACCAAAGUUCUCCUUGUCACUGUGGACUUCCGUUCAGGAUCGUGUAGCAUUUCGCUACCGCACGAUGAUUCAACACCUAUUGAUUGCCAAAUAGAACAACGUAAGAUGCCAUUUGGAAUUGAGGUGCGUUUCCGAAGGUACAAAGAGGUAGAGUUUGUGGAAGUCUCGUCGAAAGAGUUGGGAAUUUUCGAGGUCGUGAAUAAAACGUUGCCACUUGUACAAGCGGUAGAAGUAACAGGAGAUGGAUUGAAAGUUGCAAACUUCGAGAUCGACCACAACGCUCGGUUACCGAUUUUGCGAAAUGUUAAAUUUGGAAUGGGUGAGUUAGAGAAACUAGCCACGACAAACUGAGAUAAGGUCCGGUGAAAUGGAUUGGCAAUUCGCGCGAAAAAACAUUUUGUCGAGGAAGAACUAGUGAUUUCUUGAGGCGAGAGAGUACAUUUUGCGUGUCUUUUCUCCUGUCUUCCAUGCAAAAUCAAGCCGAAGUGUAAAAAACCGAUAGCGAAGAGUCUAUUCGGGUCACAGGAGUCCUCAGUUUGGCGUGCGACCCCGUUCAAUCUUUUGCAUACUUUGAGACCUACUAAAGUACAAAAUAGAUAGUUAUGUGGACCUGAAAGCCUUUUGAGGAGAGUCUUUUUUAUCUUUACUACAUUUGAACAUUUGAAAAAAAAUUAUUACACUCUUACACAUGUACGUUAAUAGAGCCUUUAUGUCAACGGGACACGGUACAAAUUAGGUGAGGACGGUAAAAAGGGUCGACAGUUUGCCUCAUGCACAGCCGAACGAGCCCUGCUCGUUUCACAAUAGGUCUCAAAAUAUACGGCUGCAGAUUUGCUCAUAAAAGAAUUUUUUACACUUUACAUCUUUUUGACACAACACUUUCAAUAGGCUCUAAGCAUACAUAAAGUUGAGGUCAUGAUACGGGACCCCCCAGUUUUUGGAAGCCCCCACGGUUAAUAUUGCUCGUUUCAGGCGACUUCAUCGAAUUCGAUUUCACCACCGCUUAUGAUUUUACGACCUUUUACUUAAAUGGCCGAUGCCGAGAUACAAUACCGCUUCAGAUACUUGUAGAACCAAGAAACAACGUUAUUACUCUUAACGCAUAUAACAAGACCGAAUGGGGAGAAGAAAUAAACGCUUUACACAUAACAGAAUUGGACACCAAGUACAUCAUGAGGCUUGUAAAUAUGCCUCAGGGUAUCUUCGUUUAUAUUGAUGGAGAAAAUGUGCACACUUUCAAACAUAGAACCAAGUACCCGUACAAGGAUUAUGUGGAAUUAUAUUCGGAUCCCUGGCGUGGCUCUAUUAACCGCAUAACAUACGGUAGCGGGGCUCCACAAAAGUCUGACCGUAGGUUCAAGCCAGAGAACCGGUUAAGUUCAAGUUCCAAAAGGUUUGAACUCUGACGUCUAGUUUAGGCUGAAAUUGACCCUAAUUAAUCAUUGUGGUCUGUGCCGUUUGACAUGUCCUAUUCAUUCCAUGCGAGCAAGGAAACAAAGAUUCAACUAAUACAAUGCUAAUUUUGUAUUUCCUUGUUGGCUUAUUUUUACCGCAGAUGAAGACAACUACCGUGAUGUAAAAUAUUUGUACACCAUGGUUUAUUCAUCAUACUAGUCCUUCCGGAAAGUCGCCUGACUGAUUUUUGGUGCUUGCACUGCGCGAAAAAAGUCAGGGUGCGAGCGACAGCCCCAAAAAGCCUAUUGCACGGUGCAAAAAGCCUAAAAUUGCGCAGUGCGAAGUGAAAUUUUGUUUUCGCCGAUUUCAGUUCCGCACGGUGCAAACUUAUCAGGAUUUUUUGUCUCGACGUGUAUAAACUACAAAUAAAGUCUUUUUUCUGGAAGCUAAUUUAAACUUCCAGGGUGCUGUAGUAUUCUUGGAAUCCAAUUUGCAACUUUUAUUGUUUUCAUAAAUACAAAUAAACAUAAAACUAAUUUAUUGUCCGCUUUUUUAUUUGCUCCGGAACCCCAUCCCAUAAGGACAGUCUAAUUUUGAGUUGGAGGAAUACGGUAAUUCCGCAAUAAAAGAAAAAGGGUUUGUUUACAAGAACGUGUCCCUAUUUUUGAUGUUUCGCCCGCGUAAUUAAUUUUCAUUACUUCACUUCCUUGAACCCAAAUUUUUUGUGAGUGCUCUGGAGAGUACUCACUUUAAAAUGCAGACAUUCUUUGUCUGCAUUUUUCCGCUGUCAAUCGUCUUUGGAUAUAUCCAAAAAGGUCCGAGACCAGUUUGACAUCCCAAUCUUCUCAUAUAUUAGUGCAAAUUUUGCAUGAACAUUGAAUUUUUGCUCAUUUGGUGGUCAUUUUCAUUCGACGACUAAUUAGUCAUGCCAAUGUUUUGGUUCUUCCCGAGCUCCUUUUUAGGCAAAAUUACUACCUUUACAGUACUAUUUAAGAAAAACAAAACAAGAAAAAAAUUUUUUGCGGGCCUUUUUGGCUCUUACGUUCCACUACAAUUACGGUUUUUUAAAUAAAUACUGUGAUAAUCACUAAAUUUGUGGAUAAUUUUGACUCGCUCUCUUUGAGCGAUGUAGCGGGCUCAUCUCUCUUUAUGGAUGCAGCGGAAGUAUAUACGUGGUUGUAUUUUUAAUUGGAUACGAAAACUCAGCAAGGGUGCAGGUCGGUUCAUAACAUGGAAACAUCUUUUGGAAGGCUGUUGAAAAUAGUGUUGCCCGAGCGCUGCUCGGAAGCCAAGCUGAAAGUUACCCAAUAUGUACUGUAUUCCGUGGCUAUUAUAUCUAAAAAAAUCUUUAAAAACCAAUCGUGUCCUGGCAUUGCGUUUUAUUUUCAUUGACAACCCCUACGUUAGCUUAAGACCAGAGAUUGCCACGGCUCCGAGGCCGGCUCUUGGCUCCGGCUCUGAGCGGCUCCGGCUCCGAGCCGGGAGCCAGAGCCGGAGCCGGGAAUUUUGGGUACGGCUCCGGCUCCCGAGCCCAAAGUCGGAGCCAGGUUUCUCAGCGUUCAAAAAAGUAA